GAGUACUGAGUGAAAUAUUUCAGAAGAUGUUAUUCUUGGUGCUACACAGAUAAUAUCAUAAAGGUCCUGUUCUCUUGAGCUCUCAUCUCUGAUACAAGCCUGAAAGAAGAGUAAAUGAGACAGAAGAGCAAUAUUACAGAAUUUGUCCUCCUGGGCUUUUCUGAGGAUCCUAAUGUGCAACAUGCUUUAUUUGCCAUAUUUUUACUCACAUACAUUGUGACAAUGGUGGGCAACCUGCUCAUUGUGGUGACUAUUAUUGCCAGUCCUUCCUUGGGCUCCCCAAUGUACUUCUUCCUUGCCUGUCUCUCAUUUGUAGAUGCUGUAUAUUCCACCACAAUUUCUCCCACGUUGAUUGUGGACUUAUUCCGUGAUAAAAAGACUAUUUCCUUCCCAGCUUGCAUGGGCCAGCUCUUUAUAGACCAUUUUUUUGGUGGUACUGAGAUCAGCCUCCUGGUGGGGAUGGCCUGUGAUCGCUAUGUGGCCAUCUGUAAGCCCCUGCACUAUUUGACCAUCAUGAAUCGACAGGUUUGCAUCCUUAUGUUGGUGCUGGCCAUGACUGGAGGUUUUGUUCAUUCUGUGUUUCAAGUUGGUGUUGUGUACAGUCUCCCUUUCUGUGGCCCCAAUGUUAUUGACCACUUUUACUGUGACAUGUACCCAUUACUAGAACUGGCGUGCACUGACACCUACUUUAUAGGCCUCACUGUGGUUUUCAAUGGUGGAGCAAUCUGUAUGAUCAUCUUCACCCUUCUGCUAAUCUCCUAUGGAGUCAUCCUAAACUCCCUUAAAACUUACAGUCAGGAAGGGAGGCGUAAAGCCCUGUCUACCUGCAGCUCACACAUUACUGUGGUUGUCCUGUUUUUUGUUCCCUGUAUUUUCAUAUAUGUUAGACCUGUUUCAAACUUUCCUAUUGAUAAAUUCAUAACUGUGUUUUAUACAGUUUUCUCACCCAUGAUGAAUCCUUUUAUAUACACAUUGAGAAAUUCAGAGAUGAGAAAUGCUAUAGAAAAACUCUUGUGUAAAAGUUAACUACAGUUAGAAUAAAGCAUUCCUCCUCAUGUAGAUAAGGAGGUGUGUAGACAAAGUCUUUCAAGGGAAAUUUUCAGACUUCUCAGGGUAAUUCAAGGAUCUCAAAAUAGGAAGACAGGAUUGAGAUGCUCCCAGCUCAAUUAAGAAGUCAUCCCAUCAUGGCAUCUGUUUGAAGUUCAAGAUCUCAACCUGUGUAUUCACUGAGAAUGGAUGGGGCUGCCUGAGUGGAGCUUUUAUUGUGCACAUUUUAAAUUAUGUUUUUCACUAUUACGUAUAUAUUGAGACAGUGUAUUUCUUCCAUAUGCCCAGCAUGGAAUGGGGAAAGGGAGGAAUAGUAAUUAAAAUAGAUGCUCCUGUUCAGACGGGAAGGCUAUGCUGCUUCCUUCUGUGUAAUUAAAGACUUUGUGGAAUAUACAAGCACCAUAUUCAUAAAUAUUUUUGAAACUGGCCCUCGUCAGAGUUGAGGUGAAACUCUAUGUGCAUUCAGAUAAUACUCUUAAGAAUCUUAGAAUUAUGUUUGUCUAGUUUAAUGUACUUAUGAGACACACCUUUAAAUUUUUCCGAAGUCUUUUCAUAGUGUCUUAACAUCCACAAGUUUGAAAUGACGUUAUUUUGAUGACUUCUUACUUUUAGCAUUCUUAGCUCUUUGCAGAGUCUAGAAAGGGAAAUCAUUUUUAUCUUUGCACCUAGCAAGUUCUGGCUGUUUAAUAUUUCUUGUAAAUUCUGUCUGAAAAUGUAACAAUCUUCAAAGUAUCUUUUUAAAUCUGUCUUAUAAGAUACACUGCUAUAAGCUAUAAUAAAUCAAUGAAUCUAGGA